UCAAAUUCGGCUUCAAAUUUGAUCUUCCAAAAUCGAAGCUAUAUACAUUCAGAGCUGUUCGUGAGCUUCAAAUUCGAUUCUCCGAUUCAAAUCUACACACAUUCAGAGCUGUUCGUGAGUUCAAUUUGAUUUGUUGGUUUAGUUUUUCAAUUUUAUGGCUGCCGGCGAUAGCAACACUGGCAACGGCGGCAAAUCGGUGAACUCGUCGGCGGCACAGACGAGCCGAAGAGAGCUCUUGCACAAUCCUGGAUUGUCGCUUGAGUGGAAGCCCCAGGAAGAGUCGGCGCUGGAGGAUUUGCUGGAAAAAUAUGCCUCGGAAAGCACUCCUACCCUUUAUCUUAGGAUUUCUCAAGCUUUGAGAGGCAAGACGGUUCGGGAUGUUGCAUUGCGCUGCGUAUGGAUGAGUAGAAGGGAGAAUGGCAAGAGAAAGAAAGAGGAUGUUGAUUCAUCGAGGAAAAAUGAAGGCAAAAAGCUAUUUCAGGAAAAAGGUUCUGAUGCGUUGCCGGAAUCAUCUCAAGUAGCAAAUCCCAUUAAUGGACUUGCAAUGAUGUCGGUGGACGUGGACGUGGACAGUGUAGACAGAUUUAAUGCUAUCGAUAAUCCUGCUAGACAGAUUCUCAGGAAUAAUGCUCGGGCCUUGGAUCAGAUUUCUGACAACUUGUCUGCUUGCAAGCUUGAUGAGAACAUCCGUCUCUUCACUGAAGCCCGAGCUAAUAUCAAUUUGAUCGUAAAAGAGUACAUCCAAAAGCCCCAAGGUGAUAUCAAUUUAAUCCUAAAAGAUUUGAGGUUGGAAGAAAUGGCAGAAGUUAAGCAGUCGAUGCCGUCCUUUCCAGUCAAGCUGAACGACGACCUGGCCAACACCAUUCUCCCUCCCUUGAACACUAAUCCAAAUCAAACAGCUUGAUCUUAGGUUUCACAAGUGCAUAUUUCCUUUCAUUAUGCACAAUUGGUUCAUUUAUUAUCCAUAUUAUUACUUAUACUGCAAGAAUAAAGCUUUGUAAACACUAAACAGUGUUUAGGAUUGGAUUCGUGAAGGGUUAUUUCAUCGAAUUAAAAGAUGAAUUUCGGAUUUA